AUGAGCAAAGUUCCAAAUGACUUCAAUCCAACCGGCCUGGUUGACAGAUCUACACCAAGUCAACGGCCUGUCGAAUUGGCGUCUCCGAUGCAAGCAGUGACCAGAAACGAUGACAUGCAAAAUUACUACUAUACACGUCACCCAGAAACUCAUCAAAUCCCCAACACAGCACCCCCUUCAGAUCGGAGACUGGGGCACAGUAGACAUUCGCGAUCACACUCACACAACUCAGAUCACAAAAAUCCAAAACACCGCUUAUUUCACCCGGUUAGCCACAACGCAUAUCUGCAAUACCCUGCGUAUCCCAUGAACGUAUCGUCGCCCAAACCUUCGUCUGCUCCACCGCCGUCACCGCAGAUGAGGCGACAACAGCAACCAAGUGCCAGCAAAAGUGCCUGGCAGCAUGAUCAUUUAAUCAGACCCAAUGAUGCUCAACCAAACUGGUCAAUGUUAAUUACUCCAUUGAAUGAAACACCAAGGGAAGCAAACACGAACUUUGUAAACACGCCACCGCAACCGAAGCAGCAGCAGCAACAACAACAACACAAUCAGCCGGUUUCAAGCAAUGGAUAUCACACUCCAGAGGCUAUUAGACAAGCACCAAUUGAAGGAAGUGCGUCACGGCGAUCAAAUCUUGACCCAUCGCAGAGACAUUCAAUUGCUAUAUCACCAACACCUGAAAAACAAGUUGCUGAAGAAAAAUAUCUUGUUGAUAAUGACCCCCCGGACCCACCCAAGCAGCAAUCGAAUGUUGCCACUAGAACCAGAACCAAGAAGAAAAGUCGAAAAAUAUGUCAGAGAUGUGGACUUGAGAUAACCGGCCAAUUUGUUCGCGCUCUUCAAAGUGCAUAUCAUGUUGACUGCUUUACUUGCCAUGAAUGUGGUAAACAGUGUUCCGCAAAGUUUUUCCCGUUUGAGGUCAAGCAAAAUGGCAAGUCUACGCAGGUUGCACUUUGUGAAUACGAUUACUUUAAAAAGCUUGAUUUGAUUUGUUUUAGUUGCAACAAUGCCUUGCGAGGACCUUAUAUAACUGCGUUGGGCAACAAGUACCACUUGGAGCAUUUCAAAUGUUCGGUUUGCCAGCAUGUUUUCGAUUCAGAUGAAAGCUAUUUUGAACACGAGAAUGAUAUCUUUUGUCAUUACCAUUAUUCAAAAUUGUAUGCGUCCCAUUGCGAAGGGUGUCAAUCAUCAAUCUUGAAACAAUUUGUGGAAUUGUACAGAGGGGGGAGGACCCAGCAUUGGCACCCAGAAUGUUUUAUGGUACACAAGUUUUGGAAUGUGUGCAUUACAGCUGAUUCUGUUGGAUUGCAAAAAUCAUACGGAUUACCAGAUGACAAACUAGCUGACUUGAGAGCAAUCAAAAUGUCGGACACAAGCCUUAAUUCAGAAAGGCUAGUGGGCAUAGAGCAACAUAUUGAACAUGUGGUGAUGAAUUGCUGGCUCAUGCUAUCAGGUUAUGAACAGAGCACAGCUGCGUGCAUUUCCGACAUGCUUCUUAACGCUUGCACGGGAAACAAAUACAAUGGGUUGAUAGUCACUGGAAAGCUAAUUUUGAAUGUGGAGAUUUUAUUUCGGGCAUUGGAUCUUGUUCUUCUGGAGUGUAAAAUUGCAGCAAGAAUGUUGGUGAAGCCGGAACUGCCUGAAUUGGAAAACCUGGACUCGUCUGCUACUGAGAAUGAAUAUUUUCAAUUCGUAAAGAAAGAACCCAGAAACAUAACUGGGAAAAUAAUGAGCUACUUGGCGAUAUUGCGUAAGUCUGCCAGUAUAUCCAAAUCAGGAACAUUGUCAGCCGAGCUUUUGUCGGUGAUCACUGGAUCUGCUCAUUAUUUGAAGCUAUUGAUACGAAUUGGGUUGUACAACGCGCUAAAGUUGAACAAGCUAAAUGGAACCACCGAUGCACUGGAUCAUUUUUUGGAUCUAGUCUCUAGGUAUGAAUCCGUUGAAUCAAAUAAACUUGAUACCAGGGAAAGAUUGGAAGAGUUUAAAGCGAAAUUGACUGUGCCGCAAAGUUCCACUGAUGCCUGUACCGCUUGCUCGAAAAGUAUUGAAAAAUCAUGUGUCAAACUUGGCGAUCAUAGGUGGCACUGGAAAUGUUUUGUGUGCGCCAGAUGCCAUCGCCGAAUUGAUGAAUCCGAAGUAAGCCAGACACGCUUUAAUAUUGCGCGCCAGUGCAUCACUUGCUCUAAUUGUUACGACGGCAGUGGGAUUACCGAUUUUGAAGUUGUGUCAGAUUUGUCUCAAUUAGUUUAUCUUUUGAAAAUUGCCUUGCUAAGGUCAAGAUCAGUAAUGAACAUCGAUUUUGACAGUCCAACACCGGUAACAAAAAAAGAUACCGAGCUUUUGCAAGCCCCAGAGAUAAACCAUGAGCACGAUGAUUACACCAAGACUUUAGAUGACGUAACCAGUCUAAGAAGCAAGAGACAAAGUCAGAAAUUGUCGCAGUCUGUGAAGAAGAAGGCACGGAAAUCUGUGAUUAUCACAGCUCCUGAAGCUGAUAAAGCUCGCGAGGAUGAUGUGGAUAAAGCAAAAGUUGGAGAAAACAUCCUUUCUGAAAAUUUGGGUGACUUGGCUAUCGAGGCUCAGCAACCUCAAUUUGGCAGGAAAUCUAGUAGUGGCUCGCAACUUUCGUUUGAAGGUAAGGAAGAAUUGUCAGUCAAGAGGCAGUUACAGAUCAGAGAUGAGCCACAGAGACAAAUGACAGCCACGCAUCUCGAUCGUACCUCUGAUUUGUUGAAAAAUGAGAAAUCAUUGACUUUAGAUGAUAUUCCGAGAAUCGUCGCCGCUGAGCAAGCGCGCGAUCAAAGACCGAACGCAUUCAAACACCAAAGUAAAUCAUACCAAAGAACUGGAUCUCAUAAAUUGAAAGGAAGUGGGCACAGCCCCAUACAAACUACGCCAAGCAGUGCAUUGGAUCACAUUUUGAAUACUACGGUUCCUGGCAGCGGCCCGCAAAAGACGACAAAGCAAAAAUUCUACUCAGAAUUGACUAAGCGUGAACAUUUUGUCAUGCGACAUGUUGCGAUUGUACAUUUGUGUCAAAUGAACCAUGAAAAAUACAACAAGGAUGAGUUGGUAGCUUUGAUCCAGCUGAAGAAGCCACCAACGUUUUGGGACAAAUUGAAAUUUGGCGGAGGAGGCGGUGGCGGCUCGUCAAAAGAUAAAGGAAAUGCAGUAUUUGGAACUGAGUUGAGUAUUUUGACCAAGAAAUAUGGCGUUGACUCUGAUCUUGGUGUGGGACCUUCGAAAUUGAGAAUUCCCAUUGUUAUUGAUGACGUAAUCAACGCUUUAAAGCAAAAAGAUAUGUCAGUGGAAGGCAUCUUCAGAUUGAAUGGUAAUAUCAAAAAGCUUCGCGAGUUGACCGAGCAAAUCAACAAGAGUCCUCAUAAGUCACCCGAUUUUAGCGUUCAUACCGCGGUUCAACUAGCUGCAUUGAUGAAGAAAUGGUUGCGUGAGUUGCCUACCCCAUUGCUAACAUUCAACUACUACGAUUUGUGGAUCUCUUCUCAGUUGGAGCAGAUACCCGACCGAAAGACCAAGAUUUUACAACUAACUUAUUGUUUGCUACCUCGUGAUCAUCGAAACCUUCUUGAGGUCUUGUUAUAUUUCUUCAGCUGGGUGGCGUCAUUUUCCGAAGUAGAUAAGGAUACUGGGUCCAAGAUGGAUGCCCACAAUUUGGCCACGGUUCUAGCACCAAACAUUCUCAUAUCUAAGCAGUCACAAGGACAGCAAGAACAAACUGGGGAUUCAUACUUCUUGGCUAUUGAGGUUGUGAAUCAAUUGAUUGAGCAACAUGAAGACUUAAGUAUUAUCCCCCCAGAGUUGAUGAAAGUUUUCAGCGCAUGUGGGUUCGAUGGAGUGGAGAAGGACUUGUCGUCGAAAGAGAUCUUGAACCAGAUCGAAGCUGUUUUGAAGGAAAAUAGCGCAAACUAG